GGGGGACACAUUUCUUCGGUGGAGCCUUUCACAGCGACAGUAAGAAAUGGGUGACUGGAGUUUCUUGGGGAACAUUUUAGAGCAGGUGAACGAGCAAUCCACUGUCAUCGGGAGAGUCUGGCUCACAGUGCUCUUCAUUUUCCGCAUCCUGAUCCUGGGAACAGCUGCCGAGCUAGUGUGGGGAGAUGAACAGUCAGACUUUGUGUGCAACACCCAGCAACCUGGUUGCGAGAAUGUCUGCUAUGAUGAGGCCUUCCCCAUCUCCCACAUCCGGCUCUGGGUCCUGCAGAUCAUUUUUGUAUCCACACCUUCACUCAUGUACUUUGGGCAUGCCGUGCACCAUGUCCGCAUGGAGGAGAAGAGGAGAGAGAGGGAGGAAGCUGAGAGGCGUCAGCAAGCUGAGGUGGAUGAAGAGAAGCUGCCCCUGGCUCCAAAUCAGAACAAAGGCAACAACCCUGAUGGGACCAAGAAGUUUCGCCUGGAGGGCACCCUCCUGAGAACCUAUAUCUUCCACAUCAUUUUCAAAACCCUCUUUGAGGUGGGAUUCAUAGUAGGUCAGUACUUCCUUUACGGCUUCCGAAUUCUCCCCCUUUACCGCUGUGGGCGGUGGCCCUGUCCCAAUCUUGUGGACUGUUUUGUCUCCAGGCCCACGGAGAAGACCAUCUUUAUUAUGUUCAUGCUGGUGGUGGCUUCCGUGUCCCUCUUCCUCAACCUGGUGGAGAUCAGUCACUUGAUCCUCAAAAGGAUCCGGAGGGCUCUGAGAAGACCAGUGGAGGAACAGCUGGGGGAGGUCCCAGAGAAGCCCCUCCAUGCCAUCACAGUCCCCUCCAUCCCAAAGACCAAAGGCUACAAGUUGCUGGAAGAAGAGAAGCCAGUGCCCCACUAUUUCCCUCUCGCAGAAGUAGGGGUUGAGCCCAGUCCCCUUCCAUCAGCCUUCAAUGAGUUUGAGGAGAAGAUUGGGAUGGGACCAUUGGAAGAUCUCUCUAGGGCAUUUGAUGAGAGGUUACCAUCGUAUGCACAAGCGAAGGAACCGGAAGAGGAGAAGGUAAGAGCAGAGGAGGAACAAGAAGAGGAGCAGCUGGGACGUCAGGGAGAGCCAGGGGUGAAGAAAGCAGUGGAGGAGGUGGUGAGCGAUGAAGUGGAAGGGCCUUCAGCACCUGCUGAACUCACCACUGAUAUGAGACCCCUCAGCAGGCUAAGUAAAGCCAGUAGCCGGGCCAGGUCAGAUGAUUUGACUGUAUGAAGGUGCAGGAUAUAGGGAGCACAUGAAAAGGAAAAGGUUGAAGAGAAAAGGAGAGAUAGAGAAAGAAAUCAAAAGAUAUUUUUAAGCAAAGUGCUAAAAUGGCCAUUUGAAUAUUAUUUCCUCUUGAGAUUCUCAACUGGAAAGGUACUAUCAUGGUAACUGUGCCUUAUUUGCCCUGUAUGUCCAUUUAAAAAGGAACAUUUUCCCUGUUUCCACA